CACAGCAAACCAUGAGGUCUCUGGUCUUCGUUCUGCUCAUUGGAGCGGCUUUUGCCACGGAGGAUGACAAGAUUGUCGGAGGGUAUGAGUGCACACCCUACUCCCAGGCCCAUACGGUGUCUCUGAACUCUGGCUACCACUUCUGUGGGGGCUCCCUGGUCAACGAGAACUGGGUUGUGUCUGCUGCUCACUGCUACAAAUCCCGUGUGGAGGUGCGUAUUGGAGAGCACAACAUCAAGGUCACCGAGGGAAACGAGCAGUUCAUCAGCUCCUCCCGCGUUAUCCGCCACCCCAAAUACAGCUCCUACAACAUCGACAAUGACAUCAUGCUGAUCAAGCUGAGCAAGCCCGCCACCCUCAACCAGUACGUGAAGCCCGUGGCUCUGCCCACCAGCUGUGCCCCCGCUGGCACCAUGUGCAAAGUCUCCGGCUGGGGCAACACCAUGAGCUCCACUGCUGACGGUAACAAGCUGCAGUGCCUGGACAUCCCCAUUCUGUCUAAGAGAGACUGUGAUAACUCCUACCCUGGCAUGAUCACUGAGUCCAUGUUCUGCGCUGGAUACCUGGAGGGAGGCAAAGACUCUUGCCAGGGUGACUCUGGUGGCCCCGUCGUGUGCAACGGUCAGCUGCAGGGUGUCGUGUCCUGGGGCUAUGGAUGUGCUGAGAAGAACCACCCCGGUGUCUACGCCAAGGUCUGCAUCUUCAAAGACUGGCUGGACAGCACCAUGGUAUCCAGCACACACCAUGCGGUCAGUGAUCAUGCCGGGGUAGGAACCAUCACAGUCCUUGUUAGACAGAAUGGGGACUUCCACACACUGAAGUUCAUACAGAAACAUUUCAAUACAUUAAUCUACAAACUUUUGCCAGCAGUGGGCAGCAGAGACGAUCCACUGUUCGUUGAUGAGGGAGCCGCCGCAGAAGUGGUAGCCGACAUUGAGAGACACCUGCCAGGGUUGAGAGUGGGCUGGACACUGGUAGCCACCCACAAUCCUGUCAUCUAUGACGCAAGCACAGGGGAUGUGCUACGAUGGGGCAGAAGUGGGCAAACACGAAAAUUCAGCAUGAUAAGAAAGUCGAAAGACUUUGAGGACACAGAUAAGGUCAACAGAAAGAGGGAAGAGCGGAGGAGGUGGGGGGUGGGGAGGAAGGGCCGAGCACAGCAGGGGCUGGUGGGAUAUAAAUAUGAGCCAGGGUGUGUCCAGGUGUCUUCUGAUCAUUCACUUGACACCAUGACACUGCUGGCUCUGCUGCUGAUGAUUGGAGCUGCUGCGGCAGUUCCCCGGGAAGAUGGCAGGAUCAUUGGUGGGCAGGAGUGUGAGCCUCACUCUCGUCCAUUCAUGGCCUCCCUCAACUAUGGUUACCACUUCUGCGGUGGGGUGCUCAUCAACAAUCAGUGGGUGCUCUCCGUUGCCCACUGUUGGUACAAUCCCUAUGCCAUGCAGAUCAUGCUGGGAGAACACGAUGUGCGAGUGUUUGAAGGUACAGAGCAGCUCAUGAAAACUGACAACAUCAUCUGGCACCCUAGUUAUGACUAUCAGACUCUGGAUUUUGACAUCAUGCUGAUCAAGCUCUACCACCCAGUGGAGGUGACUGAGGCAGUCGCACCCAUCCCAUUACCCACAGCGUGCCCCAUGGCGGGGCUUCCCUGCUCUGUGUCUGGCUGGGGUAACACUGCCAUGAAUGGCGAGGUGAACUUGCCCGUCCGUCUGCAGUGUUUGGACGUGCCCAUACUGGACCACCAGGACUGUGAGAAUGCCUAUCCUGGCAUGAUCUCACCCAGGAUGGUGUGUGCCGGAUACAUGGAUGGAGGCAGAGAUGCAUGCAAUGGUGACUCCGGCAGCCCUCUGGUUUGUGCUGGGGAGGUCCAGGGCCUGGUGUCAUGGGGUCAGGGAUGUGCACUGCCUAACUACCCCGGAGUCUACGUCAAAUUGUGUGAGUUCCUCUCCUGGAUUGAAGACACCAUGGCAGCCAACCCCUGA